AUGAGGAUCACCAGCCUUAUUUCCUCGUUGUUGGGGACCUCCCUACUGUCGGCCAAUGUUGCCUUGGCCAAGGACAGACACCGCGUCGGCGUCGAGAUCAAGAGCCCCCUCAAGGGCGUCAACUUCCAGCGCAUCAAGGCCUUCCGCGAUGUCGCCCCAGACGAAGUCUCGGAUCGCGUUCAGCUCCUCAAGCCCUUCCGCAGUAGGAUCACUGGCCACAACGCCGCUUCAGCACUGGGCGCCGCUCAGCCCCGUGGCCUCUCGUCUGCUUACCAGAAUAUCACGGCUCUCUCUCCCUAUGGAACCCAGUACGCCGUCGAGGUUACCUGGGACGGCAAGCCCAUCAACGUGAUCUUCGACACCGGCAGCAGUGACACCUGGGCUACCGCUUCCAACUUUACCUGCACGAACAUGGUCGGCACUGCCGUCUAUUCCCAGGAAGCCUGCGCUUUCGGCCCGAACAAGAUCGAUGGCUUCAAGUACGGCCCCAUUGAGGACAUCCACUUCACCUUGGGCUACGGCUCUGGCGAGCGCGUCUCUGGCCCCAUGGGUUUCAGCGACAUCGAAGUGGCCGGCAUUGCUGUCAAAUAUCAACAGGUCGGUCUCGCCAACAAGACGUACUGGAUGGGCAACAACUACACCAACGGCGUCCUCGGAUUGGCCUAUCCUUCCAUUACCAGCGCCUUCACUGGCGACUUGGAUGAGAACCGCCCUGCCUUCCAAGUCCCCUACUCCCCCUUCUUCACCACCAUGGUCCAGCAAGGCCUGUCUGCGGAUUCCUUCAGCGUCUCUCUUGUCCGCAACUCCAGCGGUGUCAUUGGAUGGGGUGGCCGCACUGGUCUGCCCGUCGACGGUCCCACGGCGUACACCGACCUGAUCAUUACCACAAUCAACCCGGAGCGACCAGAAGGCAGCUGGCAGUACUCGUACUAUACCGUCCUUGUCGACGGUAUCCGCUGGGGAUCGACCUCAGACACGAGGAAGUACCCCUACAUCGUCGACACCGGCACUACGCUCAUGUAUGUGCCUCCGCCUAUCGCCGAAGCUAUCGCCCGAUCGUUCUCUCCCAGCGCAGUCUACCUCUUCCAGUAUGGCGGGUACUUUGCUCCGUGCGAUGCCCUUGCUCCCAAGAUUGCUGUCGUCAUCGAGGGCGCGAGCUUCUUCAUCAACCCUGUAGACAUGAUGUAUCGCGGUCUCAGAGACCCUCUCACCGGCUAUUGCCAGAUCGGCAUCACCACGGGCGGCACAGGUCCAUAUGUUCUCGGCACUGUCUUCUUACACAACGUCGAGGCCUACUUCGACGUCGGCGCUGGCCAGAUGCGUUUCUAUGGCCGAGAGACGUUUGGUCCAACGCCCCAGCUGCCCGAGAAGUAG